GCCGGGCGGAGGCGAAGGGCGGCGGAAGGCGAGGCAGCGUGAGAGGAGACGCCGGACAGAGCCUCCUUUGCGCCCGCAGACCCCAGCGCGAAGCAUGGCCGUGGCGGUGGGCAGACCCGCGAACGACGACCUUCGAAAUCUCGGCUUGUCAGGCCAUGUCGGCUUCGACAGUCUCCCAGAUCAGCUGGUGAACAAGUCAACCUCCCAAGGCUUCUGCUUCAACAUCCUUUGCGUUGGGGAAACCGGCAUUGGCAAAUCAACCCUCAUGGACACGUUGUUCAACACGAAGUUCGAAAGUGACGCUGCCACCCACAAGGAGCCUGGUGUACGGUUGAAAGCAAGGAGUUAUGAACUUCAGGAGAGCAACGUCCGUCUCAAGCUGACGAUUGUCGAUACGGUGGGAUUCGGAGACCAGAUCAAUAAGGAUGACAGCUACAAGCCCAUUGUGGAAUACAUAGAUGCUCAAUUCGAGGCCUACUUGCAGGAAGAGCUGAAGAUCAAGCGAUCCCUGUUUAAUUAUCACGACACCAGGAUCCACGCCUGCUUAUAUUUCAUUGCCCCGACUGGGCACUCACUGAAAUCCCUUGAUCUGGUCACCAUGAAGAAGCUGGACAGCAAGGUCAACAUCAUCCCAAUAAUAGCCAAGGCUGACACCAUUGCCAAAAAUGAGUUACACAAAUUCAAAAGCAAAAUCAUGAGCGAGUUGGUGAGCAACGGGGUCCAGAUCUAUCAGUUUCCAACUGACGAAGAGACGGUGGCUGAGAUUAACGCCACCAUGAGCGUCCAUCUCCCAUUUGCCGUGGUUGGCAGCACCGAAGAAGUGAAGAUUGGCAAUAAAAUGGCCAAAGCUAGACAAUAUCCAUGGGGAGUGGUCCAAGUUGAAAAUGAGAACCACUGUGAUUUUGUAAAGUUGCGUGAAAUGCUGAUCAGAGUGAAUAUGGAAGACCUGAGGGAGCAGACUCAUAGCCGACAUUAUGAGCUCUACCGCCGGUGCAAACUAGAAGAGAUGGGAUUCAAAGACACAGAUCCUGACAGCAAACCAUUCAGCCUGCAAGAAACCUACGAAGCCAAGAGAAAUGAAUUUCUGGGUGAACUACAGAAGAAAGAGGAAGAAAUGAGGCAGAUGUUUGUCAUGAGAGUGAAGGAGAAAGAAGCGGAGCUGAAGGAAGCAGAAAAGGAUGUAAGUAGAACCCAGGUUGUUAGAGAAGAAAAAGGGAACGAAGGCCAGGUUUUAGGUGGUUGA